AUGAAGGGAAUCGAUGGCGUAGAAGUAGAUCCGCCCCUCCCUGAUAUCCGCACUGCCAUCAUCGCCAGGAUCACCGUUCCCCACCCCACCAAUACCAUCCUGCUCCGCUGCGAGCUUGACGCUCUCAAGUUCAAGGAGAAAUCAGGCCUGCCUUUCAGCUCCACCAACGAGGGAAUCCACCACGCAUGCGGUCACGAUGGACACAUGGCUUCCCUGCUGGUAGCGCUCAGAUACACUGCAAAACAUCGGGACCAGUUGAGGAGGAACGUGAUUUUCUGCUUCCAGCCGGGAGAGGAGGGCAAAGCGGGCGCCAGCAAGCUCUUCAAAGCCAAGCCGGACUUGCUGGACCACGUAGACGAAUGCUACGCCAUCCACUUCAUGAACGCAGCAUACCCUGGCACAAUAGCGUUGGGGAAGGGAGCAGUGACUGCGCUUACUUCCAGCCUAGCGAUCAGCAUAGAGGGGAAGUCUGCGCACUGCAUGAUGCCCAACGUGGGAGUGGAUGCCAAUUUCAUCGGGUGCACGCUGGUCACGCAGCUCUACUCGCUGAUCGGCAUGAAGGUGCCUCCUCUCGAGGGCGCCACUCUGGUCGUCAAGCAGGUCGCAGGAGGCGGCACGGUCGCCAAAGCGCUCACUGCCUCCACCAGGAAGAAGCUGGAGGCCAGCAUAAAGGGACUCAUCGUAGAUGAGAACGAGAAAUCCUUCGCGGGAGAGGACUUCUGCGAGUUUUCAGAGAGGAAGCCGUCCUGCUACAUCGCGGUGGGCUCUGCGCCUGCCGACUCCAUCGACCCAAGCAACAAGGAAUCGAAAUUCCCCCUCCACUCUCCCUUCCACAAGCUCAACGAGGAAGUCUUCAAGACCUCCACCAAGAUCUGGGCUGCCAUCAUCUUCACCUGA